AUGUCAAUGAGACACAGGGAGCUGGGCAGGAUAACACAAACAGCCUGGCAGUCAGGCUACUUCCCACCUGUCUAUCUAUCCCAGUCUCUCCCAAGUCUCCUCCAGUCUCUCUCCCAAGUCUCCCCCAGUCUCUCUCCCAAGUCUCCCCCAGUCUCUCUCCCAGUCUCUCUCCCCAAUUCUCUCACAGUCCCUCUCCCAAGUCUCUCCCAGUCUCUCUCCCAGUCUCUCUCCCAAGUCUCCCCCAGUCUCUCUCCCAAGUCUCCCCCAGUCUCUCUCCCAAGUCUCUCCCAGUCUCUCUCCCAAGUCUCCCCCAGUCUCUCUCCCAAGUCUCUCCCAGUCUCUCUCCCAAGUCUCUCCCAGUCUCUCUCCCAAGUCUCUCCCAAGUCUCUCCCAGUCUCUCUCCCAAGUCUCCCCCAGUCUCUCUCCCAAGUCUCUCCCAGUCUCUCUCCCAAGUCUCCCCCAGUCUCUCUCCCAAUUCUCCCCCAGUCUCUCUCCCAAGUCUCCCCCAGUCUCUCUCCCAAGUCUCCCCCAGUCUCUCUCCCAAGUCUCCCCCAGUCUCUCUCCCAGUCUUUCUCCCAAGUCUCCCCAGUCUCUCUCCCAAGUCUCCCCCAGUCUCUCUCCCAAGUCUCCCCCAGUCUCUCCACCAGUCUCUCUCCCAAGUCUCCCCCAGUCUCUAUCCCAAGUCUCCACCAGUCUCUCUCCCAAGUCUCCCCCAGUCUCUUCACCAGUCUCUCUCCCAAGUCUCUCCCAGUCUCUCCCCCAGUCUCUCCACCAGCCUCUCUCCCAAAUCUCUCCCAGUCUCUCCCCCAGUCUCUCCACCAGUCUCUCUCCCAAGUCUCCACCAGUCUCUCUCCCAAGUCUCCCCCAGUCUCUCUCCCAAGUCUCCCCCAGUCUCUCUCCCAAGUCUCUCCCAGUCUCUCUCCCAAGUCUCCCCCAGUCUCUCUCCCAAGUCUCCCCCAGUCUCUCUCCCAAGUCUCCCCCAGUCUCUCCACCAGUCUCUCUCCCAAGUCUCUCCCAGUCUCUCUCCCAAGUCUCUCCCAGUCUCCCCCAGUCUCUCUCCCAAUCUCCCCCAGUCUCCCCCAGUUUUCCACAUAUCCCACCAUGUUCUAGCAAACACCCUCCAGACCUCUCAGCUUGCUUCCUAGCACAAACAUUGAACCUUUCUUUGGCCCAAUAUCUUUCCUGCUACCCACCUACCCACCUCCCCCCCACCCCCCUGUAGCCUAUUCUGUUAACUCACUAACUCACUAGCUAGCCCUACCAUACAGUAGCACCUUCUCUGUCUGUUAUACCUGCCCCGAGAGCCCCAAAGAAUCUCAGAAUUUAUAACAGAUAACUCGCUGAUAUUUUUCUACUAAUUUUCUUUCCUGUUUUUGAGAUGGUUACUACAGAUUUUUGAUACAGGGGUGCUGGUGUUACUGCCCUGCCAUAUUGUACUCAGCGUUUAUCACACACGAUGUGACGGGAUCCUCCAAGACACUAUUCAAUUCUUAUAUCCUAUAAAUAAAACAAUCACAUGUAUAUUUUACAGCAAUCAAUUUAUCAUUAUGACGAUAGCAGAGGAACAUAGUAAAAAUGAUGGCAUGACUUCGUACAGAUGGCAGUAGUGCUUGCAGUGUGGUGCUUUGAAUAGUUUUGUAAAUCUUCGAGAGGAUGCGGCCAUUAGAGUAGAGCAAGCUUCAAGAUGUGAUGAAUGAAUGAUUGUGAGAAAAAGGGGAAAGAGAAAAUUUGCCACACACCAUGUGUAAAAAAGGUUGUAAGUUCAGGAGCCUCUGAAAUUGAAAACUCCGUCUGUCCAGAGUGUAUAUAGAAAACAGUUUGCCAUUCUGCUCAUAAUCAUGACUGAGCUAGAUCAGGUAUUUUCUGAAAACACAGAGGUUGCAAAAUAAUUUUAACAUUCACAAUAAUCUCAGGUUUUCUAGAAAUACUGAUCGGAGGAUUCACACAUUUCUUCUGAUCCCAGGAAUCUUCCUACCAGGAUUUCCAGAAAUGGUGUGAAUUUAGGGAGUUACUGGGAGAUUUCACGCCAGGAUAGACCAAAAAUACUUCCCAGAUUGUUCUUGCAAUUCUCAAAUAAAAACUUAAUUGGAGGAAGGAUGUUUGACAUGCUUUUAUCAUUUGAAUAACUUUUUAGACCUUCAUGCCUCCUGUAAGACCCUAUGACCUGUGACCUGUGAAACGCACUCGAUACACACCUUGGUGUCAUCAUACUCCUCAUAGUGUGCUGUAGCAUAUAGAGGUUGUCUAGAUUCUGAAAUACAAUUUGUCACAUUCAUUUAUUCAACAUUAAACAUAUGAAUAUCCUUUUAGAUUUUCUUUAUUUUAAGACAUAUGGUUUGGAACAAUAUACUCUACAAGUACAUCACAUUUCCCGAGUGGGCUCUCUGCAAAUGUUUAAGUUCUGCUAUAUUUUAUGAGCAUCAACAACACAGUGAAUGGGAAAAUGUAUUCUGCUGGUGAUUUGCUGAAUGUGCAAUCCUAAAGGAGGGCUGUGAUUGGUUAAUGACCUAUGAUGUCAAAUUCUAUAUAUAAAAUGGGUCAUAUCUUCAAAGGUACCAGAGAGCCACUCUGGAAAUGUCACGUGUUUGAAAAGUAUAUUGUUCCUAACUAUAUGGCUAAAAAUAAUUUAAAUAAAAAUAUAUAAACUUUUGAGAUAUUAACAUGUAUUUGUUUAUGUUUUAGAGCACACAAGGAGUAUAAUGACACAAAGACUAUGUAAGGUUCACAGAUUACAGACAUGUAUAUAUAUGUUUUUUUUUCAUCGCUAUUUAAAACUAAAUUGUGAUACAAAUGUGAAAAGCAUGUGAAGCAUCCGUUCUCCCAAUGAUGUUUCUAUGUGAGAAUUGGCAGAAGAAUCUGAGAUAACAAAAAUCUUGGCAUGGAAUCGCCCUACUAGAAUUUUGCAAGCCUACACAGGAACAUUAUGGAAUAUUCAAAUAACACCUUACGCUGGUCUUUUCAUGGUCUUUACAUGGUCUUUACCAUGGUCUUUUCAUGGUCUUUUCAUGGUCUUUACCAUGGUCUUUUCAUGGUCUUUACCAUGGUCUUUACCAUGGUCUUUUCAUGGUCUUUUCAUGGUCUUUACCAUGGUCUUUUCAUGGUCUUUUCAUGGUCUUUUCAUGGUCUUUACCAUGGUCUUUUCAUGGUCUUUUCAUGGUCUUUACCAUGGUCUUUAUCAUGGUCUUUACCAUGGUCUUUUCAUGGUCUUUACAUGGUCUUUACCAUGGUCUUUACCAUGGUCUUUACCAUGGUCUUUUCAUGGUCUUUUCAUGGUCUUUACCAUGGUCUUUAUCAUGGUCUUUAUCAUGGUCUUUACCAUGGUCUUUACAUGGUCUUUACCAUGGUCUUUUCAUGGUCUUUACCAUGGUCUUUAUCAUGGUCUUUAUCAUGGUCUUUACCAUGGUCUUUACAUGGUCUUUACCAUGGUCUUUACCAUGGUCUUUACCAUGGUCUUUACAUGGUCUUUACCAUGGUCUUUACAUGGUCUUUACCAUGGUCUUUACAUGGUCUUUACCAUGGUCUUUACCAUGGUCUUUACAUGGUCUUUACCAUGGUCUUUACAUGGUCUUUAUCAUGGUCUUUUCAUGGUCUUUACCAUGGUCUUUACCAUGGUCUUUUCAUGGUCUUUACCAUGGUCUUUACCAUGGUCUUUUUCAUGGUCUUUACCAUGGUAUUUUCAUGGUCUUUACAUGGUCUUUACCAUGGUCUUUUCAUGGUCUUUACCAUGGUCUUUACCAUGGUCUUUAUCAUGGUCUUUACCAUGGUCUUUUCAUGGUCUUUACAUAGUCUUUACCAUGGUCUUUUCAUGGUCUUUACCAUGGUCUUUACCAUGGUCUUUUCAUGGUCUUUACAUGGUCUUUACCAUGGUCUUUUCAUGGUCUUUACCAUGGUCUUUUCAUGGUCUUUUCAUGGUAUUUACCAUGGUCUUUAUCAUGGUCUUUACAUGGUCUUUAUCAUGGUCUUUACCAUGGUCUUUUCAUGGUAUUUACCAUGGUCUUUAUCAUGGUCUUUACAUGGUCUUUAUCAUGGUCUUUUCAUGGUCUUUACCAUGGUCUUUACCAUGGUCUUUACCAUGGUCUUUAUAUGGUCUUUACCAUGGUCUUUUCAUGGUCUUUACCAUGGUCUUUACCAUGGUCUUUAUCAUGGUCUUUAUCAUGGUCUUUACCAUGGUCUUUACCAUGGUCUUUAUCAUGGUCUUUACCAUGGUCUUUACCAUGGUCUUUUCAUGGUCUUUAUCAUGGUCUUUACCAUGGUCUUUAUCAUGGUCUUUAUCAUGGUCUUUACCAUGGUCUUUAUCAUGGUCUUUAUCAUGGUCUUUACCAUGGUCUUUACCAUGGUCUUUACCAUGGUCUUUAUCAUGGUCUUUAUCAUGGUCUUUAUCAUGGUCUUUACCAUGGUCUUUUCAUGCUUCUUAUUUUGUGUAGAUUAAAGGGGACAUUUUUAAAUAAUUGUGGAAAAAAAUAGGUUGUAGAUAUGAAAAAUAUUUUAAAAAGAAGACAUGGAUGGAUGAAUUGAUUGAAAGAAGAUGUUUAUGGAUGGAUUGAUGCUGCCACUGACUGUGGUACAGCGCAGCCUGCAUUGGGACAAUAAGCCUACUGCUCAAAACCAGAAACAGAGAGAGAAGGAAACUACAUCUUAGAAAAGCAAGAGGGAAAAGGACUUUGAGGACGCAACAACAGCCAGAGACAGAGAGACUCACACUAUGGACUAAACUAGAAAUAUGUCUCUUUUUAGUACGGUUCCCUAGUUACCAGGUAUUUACUUAUGUAUUCAAAUCUAACAGAAUUGAACAAAAUAACGGUGGUAAAAUGGCUGUAGUGAAAAAAUGUUCCAUAUUAAAAAUGUUUUUUUUUUAUUUGUUGUAAUUUGCUUCAAUUAUACUUUAUGGUAUGAUAUGGUACACCAGGAAUCGUACAUGGAGACAGAGCACAUGAACUCACUUUUGCUUUAAUCAGAAAAAUAUUCAUUUUUUUACUUCUGCAGUUAUGUUUUUAACCAAUACAACUAUAAGUAGUUCUGUUACUGAAACACUUUUUAUUGUUUUGCAAAAAAUAAAUAAAUAAAAUAUACUAGAAAUGUAUAUUAAAAGAA